AUGUCAACUCAUACACUUACACAAAUCAUCCCAAUGAACGCUGAUUCAUUCUACGCCAUUACAGAGACACCAGAAUUCGAUCAAUUCCAAGUUCCAUAUAUGGGUAUUAACUCACUUGAAUUGAAAGAAGAAAGAGAUGAAGGCGAUGUUAUUUUCAGAAAAGUAUGUGUAAAACCAAAGACAAGCGUACCAGCCAUUCUUUUAAAGUUUUCAAGUGGUAAAUCAGAGGUAUCAUACGAAGACACUCAACUUAAAUCCAAAGUAAAGAGAGAAAUUUUAUUCAAGACAAACCCACCUCUUUUAUCAGAAAAUAUUUUUAUUGAAGGUACUAUUACUGUAGAACCAUUAGAUGAUAACAACUGUCUCAAGGUACAAAAGAUUAAUUUCAGAUUUACUGGACCACUCCAAUGGUUCUCGUCAAUGAUUGAAGCCAACAUUCUUUCAGAGUUGAAAAAGACAAUGGAAACAUUACCAAAGGUCGUUUUAGCAUACAAGAAGCAUCUCAGUGACAACAACAUCCCAUUGCCAGUAUUUAAGCCAAUCGCUCUCAACCCAGCUCCACAAAACUACAACCGUAACAACAUUCCAUCGCAACCAAAAUCACCAAUUCUUAAUAACAAAGAACCGGUUGCUCAAUAUGUUUGUAAAAUUAAUUAA